UGUACUUACUGUGAAAAAAAAAACACAUUUUCGCUGACCCAGAGUUCUAAACAAUCAACCGUUGAAAAAGAUUUUGCAAGUUGGAAAAAUGAUAUCGAUGUCGUCAGCUGUGCCAUGCUGGCGUCUUUGAUGUGUUGCUUUUCGGUCUACGCUUUAAAUACUGUAAGAAAACAGUAUCAUGGAAAAGAGUGAUAGUAUGUGGAAAAUAACUUUACCAAUAUGUAUAAAUGCUAUAAUGUCCAUUGGGGCAUAUUUCGUAGCUGUCCGCUUAAUACCUAAGUUGAGAGACAUGUUUAUUAAAGCUAACCUGUAUGGAAUUGAUAUGAAUAAGAAGAGUAGUGAUAAAAUACCUGAAGCCUUGGGUGUUGUUACAGGUUGCGUGUUCCUCAUCACGAUGUUCCUGUUUAUUCCUAUACCUUUUAGUGAUUAUAUAUUCAAUAAUGUUAAUUUUCCGCAUAACGAGUUCGUUGAAUUGUUAGCCGCAUUACUUUCAAUAUGUUGUAUGCUAUUACUGGGUUUUGCUGAUGAUGUCUUGGAUCUUCGAUGGAGACAUAAAUUACUCCUCCCUACAAUUGCUUCAUUGCCACUUUUAAUGGUAUAUUAUGUUAACUUCAAUUCUACUCUAAUCAUAGUGCCAAAGCCAUUGCGUUCCUGGCUUGGAUUCUCUGUUGAUCUGUGGUUAUUGUACUACAUAUACAUGGGAAUGCUGGCAGUGUUUUGUACAAAUGCCAUAAACAUAUUAGCUGGUGUCAAUGGUCUGGAAGUUGGUCAAAGUCUAGUGAUAGCCCUAAGUAUCACAAUCUUCAAUGCCAUCGAAUUAUCUGGAGAUUUGUGGAAAGCCCAUCAAUUUUCCUUAUACUUUAUGCUGCCGUACAUAAGUACGUCACUUGCUCUCUUCAAACACAAUUGGUAUCCAUCAAGUGUCUUCGUGGGAGACACUUUCUGCUACCUCUCAGGAAUGACUUUUGCUGUUGUUGGAAUUAUUGGUCAUUUCAGCAAGACAACUUUGUUGUUCUUCAUUCCUCAGAUAAUCAAUUUCCUCUAUAGUGUACCACAGCUCUUUCAUCUUGUACCAUGUCCUAGGCAUAGGCUACCAAAGUAUGACAGGGAGACGGAAAAAUUGAAUAUGAGUGUAGCUGUUUUCAAGAAAUCUGAUCUCAAUUCUCUCAGUAGAUUAAUAAUGGGCGUGUUCAGGACGUUUAGGAUCGUUAAGUGGCAGGAAGACAAAGAAGGCACCGUGACGUGUAAUAACUUGACGUUAAUUAAUUUCGUGUUACUAGUUGCUGGUCCAAUGAGAGAACCCACUCUGACUACAAUUUUAAUUAUUAUUCAGAUUGUUAGCAGUCUCUUGGCGUUUGUGAUACGGUACCCACUGGCGUGGGUUUUCUAUGACAUUUAACUGAGGAAUGAUAUUCCAUUAAAUACUGUUUACUCCGAAUGAGAAAGAUUCCUCGAAGGCUGCCAAAGGUAGGAUUUAAGGGUAGACUAAAAAAAUAUUGCGUAGAACAUUAUUUUAUAUAUUUUAGUAAAAUUAUGAGAACGGGUCACGUACCUGUGUGGUACAGUAUAAACUAGAGUGUAUAUACGAAUGACUGCAAAAUUUUUUUAUAUAUAUAUAUAUAAUCUGAAUAGCAUUUCUAAUAUUGUAUAUACUUACGUGCGUGCGAAAAAUAUAGCUGAAAAAAAAGA